AUGGUGGUCGAAACGAGAGGAGGGGGUAAGAGGAAGGAUAAUCCAACGAAGGAAAAGGUUCGGAAAGUGAAGUUUGUAAAGACAACCUCCAAUAAUAUUGAGAAGAUGACGACGGAGAAUGUUGAAUCGACGGGAACGGCAAAGACGACGGAGAUUGUUGACUCGAGGGAGAAGACGACGGAUGUCUCGACGGAGGUGACGACAGAUGUCUCGAUGGAGAAGACGACGGAUGUCUCGACGGAGAAGACGACGGAUGUCUCGGCGGAGAAGACGAGUGAGGACGCGAGAGAGAGUACGGCAGAGAUAACGGAGCCGAGUGAUGUGGCUUUAGAAACUGCUCCGGCGACAAUGAACAAAGGUCCUGUUGGCCCAUCUCCUCCAGCUCCUCCAGCAACUCCGGCGAUUGGGACUGAAUCUGAAGAAGAAGAGAAUGAGGAAACUCCUUCUUUUGGAGAUGAAGAGAAUCAGAAAGCCGGUUCUGGAGAGGAAGAGAAUGAUCAUGACGACCGUUCCGAUGAUUCUAGCCAGGAGAAUGAAGAUGCUGAAGAAGAACAAGAAGAAGCAGAUGAGAAGGAAGAGACUGAAGGUUCUGGAGAAGGAAAUGGUGACAGAGAAGGAAAUGGAGAUGGAGAAGGAAAGGAUAAUGAGAAUGAAGGUUCUGAAGAAGAAAAUGACUGA